CUGCGACUCUGCCUGGAGCCCGCUGGGAAGCGCCCCGAGCGCUGCCACGCGGCYCCUGUCCCCGUCGUGCUCGGGGCUCUGCUUGCUGAGAGCAUCUUCCAGCCUCUGAUGCCGUCACAUGCGCUCUGAAAUUACCGGAACCCCUUCACUAUUCCAAAACUAAAUCUUGAUUUCUUUACAAUCUGAGUUUUUAUUUGUAAUGUUCCCAGUGUAGUUGCUGGCAUGCAAAUGGUUUUAAAGGACACUCUGGAAAAAAGAGGUGCGCUCGGGCAAAUAAAGGCAAGGAUCAGAGCUGAAGUUUUCAAUGCACUGGACGACCAAAGCGAACCACGGCCAGCGCUGUGCCAUGAAAACCUGCUGAUCAAUGAACUCAUCCGUGAAUACCUGGAGUACAACAAAUACAAGUAUGCGGCAUCUGUUUUAACUGCAGAAUCUGGCCAACCUGAAGUGCCCUUGGAUAGAGAGUUUCUUGUCAAAGAGCUGAAUAUUGUUGAAGAUGCAAAUAGCAGAUCAAUCAGACCUCUCUUGUAUGGAAUCAUAGCUCAUUUCUUGCAUCGUGGUAAAGAAGAAAGUACAUCAACUACUCUUCCAAAAGUGUCUUUGCUGAACCAUCCAAGGCAGAAUCUUGGCAAACUGACUACUGAAAGAAAUCAAAAAGACAGAAUUCCAGAACCAGGAACGAUGGCUGGCACUGUCAUCGAGGAGCCCCUUGUUCUACCAAGUAUAAACAGAUGAUAUCUUUCAUCUGUGCGUUUCUCAUAUAAAGAUCUUCAGGAGUUAAUUUAAGAAACUACUCAUUACAUUAGUUGUUCCAUCAUAUCCAGUGGGACCACUUCAGCUUGUAAAACCUACCAGACAGGAAGACAGGGUCAUAUUAAUUGCCAAUAAUAAUAAKAAGAAAAAAAGUUAGCAAAGGACAUCUUCCUCCAUUGCUGUUUGAAAGAAAACUGUAUAUGAAGUCAGAUUAGUCAAGCCUCUGUCUAGAAUUGGACCUAACAUUACUUGAUUUUAUAAAAAUAAAAACAUAUCAGACAUGAUACAAUUCCUGCACUUUUUAUGAUG